AUGCGCCUCCUGUGGCUCGAAGCUGCACUGCUCUGGUGCCUGGGGGAAACUGGCGGCUCUCUGAAGACCCAGUGGGCGCCAGCCAUCACCACAGCUGUUGCUAUCGCCAUCCCGCGCUUCAAGUUGUACGGAAAUAUGGUGCCAGUGAGCCGCGGGAGGCCCCCCCAGAGCAGCAAAGAAGAGGAAAUGGAGUUGCUGAUGCCCCCUGCAGCUUCGGGGGAGGAAGACGGGCUGGGGCCGCGGCGAAAGUACCUCAAGGCGCUGCGGGGAGAGUGCGAAGAGCCCUCGAUCUGCGACUGCGGGCUCAGGUCCUGCAGCGCGGCGGCUCGCCGCAGGCGCCAGCUGCAGGCUCUUGCAGGGAAAAUUCAUGAAUGGAAAACUCAGAAAAAUCCAGAACACAGGGGCACUAAGCUUUUGGUGGUUGUGCGCCACGCGCAGAGCACCGCCAACCAGCGCCUCCGGACUCUCACGGGAAUGGCUUCGUUCGCGUGGAGCAACAUCAGGAAGAAGAGCUGGGGCCCCGUGGACCCUUCGCUUUCGCCGAAGGGCCGGGAACAAUGUCGCGCUGCAGGUGCCGAGAUGUUGUAUUUGAUGGAGCUGCUGGACUCGCUGGGUUCGCGGGACUUUUGCUUCCAGAGCUUCCUGGUUUCGCCCAUGACCCGCACGCUGCAGACCGCGAGCUUGAUCUUCGGGGGCGUAGGGGAGCGCAUGCGGUGCCCCUCGCAGGCCUCGGGGGGGACAGACGAAGGCCAUUUGCCCUGGCUAGUGGACCCUUUGCUGCGGGAGAAGCUGACGAACCUGUCGGACAUGGGCACGGAGUACGGGGAGCUGCGGGAGCGGCUGCAGAAGUUGUAUUUGCGCCAAACGAUCCUCCCGGCCGUUUUCGACUUCGCCGCAGUUCCCCAGGGCUUUCGCUGGUGGCUCAUAGACCCAAAAGAAAGCCUCCAGAGGCUUCUCGAGGACUUCCCCGCAGUGCACAACCCCCAGAGCAGCAGCGCCAAUGGCUCUAAGCCCCCCGGCGCAGCCACCACUGUGGAGAGGCGCUUGGGAAACAGAAGCCUGCUGAGUCUGGGCGGGGCCUCGCCCGCGCCCUUGUCCUCUGCGGAGCAGUCCGUGAAGGCCGCAGUCACUGCGAGGCAGCGGCAGCUGCUUUCCGAAGUGGAGCCCGACAAAAUGCACAACUUCUGGGAAGCCGUCGGCAACGCCGGGCCCCCCCAACAAGAGUCUUGGGAGCAUUUGAAACUCAGGGCCUCUCUGCUGCUGAAGACUCUCUGCAGAUCUGACCCCACGACUUUCCUCGCAGUCACCCACUCCCACCUGGUCAGUGCCCUCGACGGCCGCGGCACCAUGGGCAACGCCAGUGCGAAGCCGCUGCUGCUGCACUGCAGCAGAAAGCCGUACGUCACUGCGCUCUGA